CGCGCCAUUUUCAAAGGAUUUCAAGCGCUGGGACAGCGCAGCGGGCCCGCUUGCCGACGCCUGCUUUUAGCGUGCUUGCUCUCAGCUGAGGACUUCUCAGUGCCAGUGAGGAGCUGCACGGAAAGCCAUGAGGGAACAUAACCAGGACAGAUGAUCUGAGCUGGCCAAAGUGGUAUUCCACACCUUAAAGAAAUAAACUGGGGACUUACCCAGAGCAAGGCUGAUUGUGCUUCGGGGACACGCUGGGCAUCAGUCAGCAAGUGUUACUUCCUGUACAAGCUGUGACAUGGAUUUGUUCAUGAUAUUUCUUCUGUAAAACUUUCUCAAUUAGAUUAGUAAAAAAUCUUUGCUCUUUCUAAAACACAAGCUUUUAAACAAAUCUGAUGAACUAUCUGGAGGUAAUUUAAUAUUUUUAACUGAUACAAGUCUUCUUAAGGAAAAGAUGGGCUCAGGAGUUACCAGUUUUCUUCUGUAGUAAUAUAAAAUAUAUUCUUGAGUCUCAGUCUAGACACAGUAACUCAAUCACACUUUUCCUGAAUUCAGCACAGAAUCUUCAACUUUAAUGUAGAAAUACCAAGAACACGUUACUUUAGUGUUUGUCAGAGGAGUAUGAAGAGCAUUUCCUACACAUCAGGACAUUGACUUACACUGAGUACACUGGUGGAACGAAAGUGCACCGCCGCCUCCUUCAGCCAUCCCAGCACAGUAUGUAAGGGAUUGCUGGCAAUGCCACUGCUUAGUUAAUAUCCCAACAACCUGAACCUCUUCAAGCAAAUAUUUUUGGUAGUACCAAGAGUGGAUGCUGUGCUUGUAAGACUGGUGAUUCUCAUCUACAGAGCAGUACCCGGCAACCACAGGUGUCCUGUUUUUUUUUUUGGCUGUGACAAAAGCAGCUUUGGAGGUGUGUUUACAAUGAGUACAAAUGCUGAGCGAAGGUUUGUUAAUCUCAGGAAAUGUCUGAAUCAGCUGGGCUAUCGGCACCCACUGGGAGUGGACAGUUUACCUUUGGUGGAAAAGCUUUUCAGUGACUUAGUUCAUACAACCGAGAGCUUGCGCAAAGCAAAGUUUUCUUCUGGAAAAACUGAGAAAGAAUGCAGUAAUUAUGAUACUAUCGUGGAACCUUAUAAAACAGAGAAUGCUAGACUUACCAGGGAAAAUAAUGAUCUACAUUUAGAAAUACUAAAACUGAAAGAGCAGUCUGAUCGUCAUGUUAAAGAUUUGAAAGCCUCCUUAAGGAGGACUGAACACGAAACAACUGACUUGAAAUUUUUGAAUAACCAGUAUAUACAUAAAAUUAAAAUGCUGGAAAAAGAGACCAAAGCCAAGACUGAAAAAAUUCAGCAGCUUCAGGAGAAGAAUCUGCAAGCAGUGGUGCAAACACCUGGUGGCAGCAAGAAAAGCAUUCCCUUCAGGCGUCAGCGCAUGCAGAUAGACCAGCUUGUGCCCCCGUCAGGUGUCAGUGCCUACCCAGUGCCUCAGCCAGAGGACCCUUACAUCGCAGACCUUCUCCAGGUGGCUGAUAAUAGAAUUCAAGAACUGCAGUCAGAAGUAACAGAGCUACAGGAAAAACUGGAGACAUCUGAAAGUGGAAUGAAAAAAUAUAGCAAACAGGUUGAGAUAAGAGACAAAGAAAUUGAGCGCUUAAUGCUGGCAUUGGAUGGUGGGCGUUCUCAUGAGGUUCUCUCUCUGGAAUCAAGAACUAAAAGUAAUGAGAAGCUUAUUUCCCACUUGAAUACACAGGUUGAUUAUCUUCAGAAAAAAAACAAAGAACUUGAAAAUCACAUUCAAGAUCUCUUGGACACUAAACAAAAUGUGACCAGUGAGGUAGUAGAUUUAAGCAAUAAAAAUGAAGAACUCUGUCAAGAACUGAAUGAAAUAGAUCACUUGGCACAGCAGUUGGAAAGACACAAAGAAAUAGUGCUUGAGACUGCAGAUAAGGAAAUAGGAGAAGCAAAGAAAGAAAUUGAAAGAAAAGUCAGUGAAAUACAGGAUCUACAAGAAACAAUAACAAGGCUUAAAUCAGAGUUGUGCUCAUGUCAUAAGGAGAAUGAGAGACUGAAUGAAGAACUCUUUGGGAAAACAGAUGAAAAAGAGAAUCUUGAGCUGUUGAUAAACCAGCUUCAACAAGAGAAGCAAAGGCUGACAGAAAAAACAGAGAACUUAGAAAGAAAAGAACGAGAACUUGUCCUAGAAAUUGAAAGAAUCAGAUUGGACUAUGGUAUUGCCCUAGGAGACAAAUCUCCAUCUCGUCUAGAUGCAUUUGUAAAGACCUUAGAAGAUGACAGAGACUACUAUAAGCGAGAAUUAGACUAUCUUCAGAAAAUGGUAAAGCUAAGGCCUAGCGCAAGCCGCAGGACUGCAGAGAAGAGCGAAGAGCUUAAAUCGAUCACCAGAGAAAGAGAUGAGCUGAGGUCCGUGUUAGACAGAUUUGAAAAACACAUGAUAGAAAUUCAGUCCAAUGUCAAGUUAUUGACUGCAGAAAGAGAUAGAUUAAAAGUUCUUUAUGAGCAGUCUCAGAGUGAAUUGAACAGGAUGAGAAGAGAAGCAAAACACAGUUUUGUUUCUCAAAGUCACAUAGAAGAAGAAAGAGACAUUGCACUGACUGACUUCAGAAUACUAAUGGCAGAAAAAGAAAGUCUUGGAGAAAAAUUAAAGAUGCAUCAAGAAGCAGCAUACCAUGAAAAAUCAAAGCUGCAGCAUGAUAUUUCAGAAUUGGAGAAUAAUAUUCAAGGACUUCAGAUUGAAAAGUGUGAACUAAGGACUACAGUCUCUAUCCUGAAAGAAAGAAUAGACUAUUUGGAAAAUGAGUUAAAACUGAAGUCAAGUAAACUUGCCCAGACUUCUGAUGAUUCUUCUCAAUUUAAAGCUGAGAUUUGCUCACUUCAGCUCUUAAAUGACCAAUACCAGAAGUCUAUUGAAGAUUUACAGCACAGAUUGUCCCUCAAAAAGGAUGAACUGCUGACAGCUCAUGAUGAAAUUACAAAGCUGAAAGAGAUAAUAGAUAGGUUAAACCAGAGGAGCACUUCACAGGAAGAAGCAGUCAGUGUGCUGAGAAGUACCAUUAGUGUUUUGGACAAAGAAAAGGACAGUCUUCAAGAAACCGUAGAUGAAAAAACAGAAAGAAUUGCAUGCUUAGAUGACAACUUAGCUAACAGGGAGAAAACAAUUGCUCAUUUACGUUUAACUCUUUCUGAGCUGGAGUCCUCAACAGACCAGAUGCAGGACAUGCUGAGCAACAGAGACCGGGAGAUAUCCAGCUUACAUCGCCAGCUUGAUACAUCCCAGAUAGAGCUUGCCGAAAUGGGAAGAGUAAAGGAAAUGGCUCUGAAAGAAAACAGGCGACUGCAAGAUGACCUGGCUACAAUGGCCAGAGAAAACCAGGCUAUCAGUACCGAGCUUGAAGAUGCAAUACGUGAAAAAGAAGAAAUGAAAACCAGGGUUCAUAGUUAUAUAACUGAAGUCUCCAGAUUUGAGAACUUGAUAGCUUCAAAGGAAAAAGAAAACCAAGAAUUGUUAGAGAAGUUCCGGAUGCUGCAUACAGAAGCUGAAGGCUGGGAAAUGAAGGCUCAUCAAGCUGAAGGAGAAAGCAGCUCCAUACGACUGGAACUCCUUUCAGUAGAUACAGAUCGGAGACAUCUUCGAGAGAGAGUAGAAUUGCUGGAAAAAGAGAUUCAAGGGCAUAUUGUUGCACAUCAAGUAUAUGAAUCUCAGAUCUCCUCCAUAACCAAAAAUAUGUCCAGAUUGGAAGAGGAUCUUAAACGUGAAAAUCAGGAUAAGGCUUCUGUGUUGGCAGACCUCACUUCUGUGAGAGAACUCUGUGUGAAACUUGAGGCUAGCAAAGAACUUUUGGCUCGACAGCUGACGUCCAAAAGCAUGGAUUAUGAAAGGGUUCUAGGAGAAUUAGAAGAUACAAAAUCAGAAGGAGAGUUGCUGAAAAAGCAGCUAUCCAGUGAGAGACUUACAGUUCAGAAUCUCGAAACGUUAUUGGCUACUAGUAGAGACAAAGAAUUUCAGAAUCAAUUAAUGUCCCAGGACAAAGAUACCGAAAUUCAGUUACUGAAAGACAAGCUAACACUGGCUGAGAGCAAACUAAGCAGCAAUAAUAGAGAGGUUUCCAUGCUUCGAAGUAAACUUGCAGAGAUGCAGACUGACACUGAUAUUUUAAAAAGGAAACUGACCACUGAGCGAUUUGAACGGGAGCGAGCGAUUCAGGAGAUGCGUCGGCACGGCCUCUCCAUGUCCUCGCUCCGGGCUUCGCCUCCGCUCAGCUCCACGCUGAGGUCUCCCUCGCAUUCUCCAGAGCGCAGCGCUGCAAGAACAACUGAUCAAGCAGCAGCUGAAAAAAAUGUGACCUUCAAGGAAUAACCAGUACUUGAAUAACUGAAGCAUUACCUUUUUACAAUGAUUUUUUUUUGUUAUAAAUUAUGAAUACUUGUAUUUUAUCUUUGUUUUCUUCAAAUCACUGAUUACCUUUGAAACCUCUAAGAACAGGUGUAGUAAUCAACUUCGCAAAAUUCUGCUUUACCAACUGGCAGGAGUGACUGAUUUUUUGCUGGCUGUUUGACAGGUUUUAUAUCAAGCCUGGCUAAGUUUUGUUACUAUUUUGGAAAUAUAAUAAUUAAAAGAAGGAAAUGAGUAUUGAUUUGACAAUCUCUUGUUUUCAUUUUUCUAUUUUGUUUGCUUAUCUCAUAUGGUUGGAGAAGUUUAUUCAUCUUAAUGUGAGCUAACAGAGAAUAAAAUCCCCAACUGUAUUAAAAAUGCUGAGAAAACGGUGUAUGUUUUCUACUCAUGAUGAUUUCCUAUGUUUGUGCUUCUAACAAGUGUUUUCAGGUUAUUCUUCAUGGUAUUUAAAAGUACCGAUUGUCUAUUUUGUGAAUGCAUUUGGUUUACUGUACCUUUUC